AGGCAAUGACUGUGGAGAUGAUAAACAAGGGAGAAGCUCCCUGCAAAGCCCAUUUCGACAAGAUAGUUCUGAGUUGGGACUUCUUCCGCAUUAUCCAGGAGGCCGACAAACGAAACAAGCAAAAGGAAAAGGUCGAUGAAGGUGAGACGAAACGUAACGUCGAGGACAGUUACGCGAACGUGGACGACUAUAUCUCUACAUACGUGCCUCUUCUUUUCGAAGAAAUCAAAGCUGAGAUUGCUUCCAACAAGGAGCAGUGGGGAGCAGGCAAGACCACUUGUGUGACGGAAUGUGAAGAAACUGAUGGGUUUCACAGGGUUACUGUUUGUGUUGACUUGGAUGAGGGCGAGGACGAACAAACAAGAGUCAAGGUUGAUGAUCUUUUUCUACUCUCCAAACCACAGUGGUCCUCCAAACCAACGGUUCCGGAGGAGAAUUCUUAUAACAAAUAUGCAUUUGCAUUGGUGGAAAGUAGAAACAAACAAGAGAUAAAGCUCAGAAUGUAUUUGGCCGGAGAGGUCAGAGAUUUGAAUGCAGAUGCAAUUCAUUAUUCUCCAAGGCUCCAACAAGUGCGGUUAUUGAUUACUUCUACUGCCGAUGGAGACAGGCUCUUUGACGUUACUAAGAUUUGCAGUUUAUCUACUACCGCUCAUGAAUAUACAGCCUUGCGGUCGAUUGGUUCUCUCCCUUUUAUGGAUUUGAUACUUGCACCUUCUGAGAAAAAUCUUGAGGCAGAAGGUCAAGCCUGGAAAGUUUCUGGGCCUCUUGAGGAAUAUAUAAAAGACAAUCUUAAUGAAUCUCAACAAAAGGCCAUACAGGCCGGUCUAUCACGUAAACCAUUUAUCCUGAUACAGGGUCCUCCAGGAACAGGAAAGACGCAGACUAUCCUUGCGCUCCUUAGUGCCAUUCUGCAUGCUACUCCUGCAAAAGUAAAAGCCAGGGUUUCACUGCUAGACAUAAAGCAAGAGCCAAAGUUAUCUAUUCAGGAGAAAUUAAAUCAUUGGCGACUAGCGUCUCCCUGGCUUAGUGGUAGCAAUCCUAGAGAGAAAACAAUGCCUGUUAAUGGCGAUGACGGUUUUUUUCCAACCACCGGAAAUGAGUUAAAACCAGAAGUAGUCAGUUCUACUCGUAAAUAUCGUGUACGUGUCCUUGUGUGUGCUCCUUCAAACUCUGCACUCGAUGAGAUUGUAUUGCGUGUUAUGAACAAUGGUGUGCGGGAUGAAAGUGACCGUUCAUAUAGUCCCAAAAUUGUGCGGAUUGGGAUCAAGGAACAUCAUUCUAUCCGAGCUGUCUCCAUUGAUGAGCUGAUACGCAGAAAGAAAGGAAGCAUGGGGGGUGCUAAACAAGAUGGUGAUGUUGGUGCACUUAAGGCUGCAAUUUUGGAGGAGGCCGUCAUUGUUUUUUCGACCCUCAGUAGCAGCAGUAUUUUAUCCCAUUCCAGUAAAUCGGAUAGUGGUUUUGAUGUUGUUAUAAUAGAUGAAGCUGCACAGGCUGUUGAACCAGCAACCCUUCUUCCAUUGGCGACUGGAUGCAAACAAGUAUUUCUGAUAGGUGACCCGGUUCAACUGCCCGCUACUGUAAAGUCUAGCAUUGCUGAGAAAUUUGGGUACGGAAGGAGUAUGUUUGAGAGAUUUCAGAGGGCUGGAUAUCCAGUGACCAUGCUCAAGAUGCAGUACCGUAUGCAUCCAGAGAUCCGAAGCUUUCCUUCUGAAGAGUUUUAUGCAGACUCAUUAGAAGAUGGUCCUAAUAUCAAAGAGCAGACAAAGCGUUCAUGGCAUGAGUUUAGCUGCUUUGGACCAUUUUGCUUCUUUGACUUGCAUGAAGGGAAAGAAGCCAAGCCUCAGGGAAGUGGAUCUUGGGUGAAUGCAGAUGAGGUUGAAUUUGUCUUGAACUUGUAUCACAAGUUGGUGAGCCGGUAUCCGGAGCUUAAAUCGAGUAAUAAUUUUGCAAUUAUAUCUACUUACCGUGCACAAGUAGAGCUCUUGAAAGAACGUUUCAAAAGUACUUUCGGAGUAGACUCUGAGAAAGAAGUGGAAAUCACUACUGUUGAUGGCUGCCAGGGACGUGAAAAGGAUGUUGCAAUAUUUUCUUGUGUCAGGGCAAGCAAGGAAGGAGGAAUUGGGUUUGUGGAAGAUUUUCGGCGAAUGAAUGUUGGGAUUACUAGAGCAAAAGCAUCUAUCCUGGUGGUUGGAUCUGCGUCAACAUUGAAGAGGAGUGGAAUCCAUUGGAAUAACCUAGUGGAAAAUGCUGAAAAGAGACAAUGCUUAAUUAAGGUCUUGAAACCAUAUACUGCGUUUUUCAGUGAUCAGAGUCUGGAAUCUAUGAGAACCAAGGAAGAAAUCAAGCCAAGCGAGGAAAUUCAAAAUGAUGAAUUAGAUUACAGCAUGCCUACUUACACUGCUGGGGAUGCUGAUGAAGUCCAGGGAGAUGAUAAUGGCUAUGGUGACGGGGAUGAGAUGGACGUGGAUGAUGGAGGUUUUGGAGAUGACUGA